UUUGAGUAGGGAUAACAUAAAACAUGUCGUUAGAACCACAGACAACGGCAAAGGUCCGUUUAACAACUACAAAAGGUCCCAUAGAUAUAGAAUUAUGGGCAAAAGAGACACCGAUAACAUCGAGAAGGUUUUUGAAUAACGUUUUGAACAACAGGUUUGGAGGUUGGGAGUUCAACAGAAUCGUCAAGGACUUCAUUGUUCAGGCCAAUGGAACUCUUAGUCAAGAACCAUUUGAAGAUGAAUUCCACACUAGAAUCAGAUUCAACAGACGUGGCAUUCUUGGAUGUGUGAACUUGUCAUCGAGGAAUACCAACACAGGUGAGUUCUUCAUAACGCUGAGAGAUACACCAGAAUUACAAUCUAAGAACACGGCAUUUGGAAAGGUUGUUGGUGAUUCCAUCUUCUCAGUGUUGAAGAUAAGCGAAGCACAGCUUGGUGAAGAUGGUGAAACACCUCUUUACCCUGUCAAGAUCACGAAGUGUGAAGUUUUAAUACCGUAUUUCGAUGACCUAGUUGAGGAGAAGGUGGUUGAUACUGGUUCAUUACCUUCAAAAACAAGCAAACAGAAACAGCAAAAGAAGAAGAAGGCAAAGGUUAAACUACAGAUUGGUGUAGACGAAGAUGAAGAAGGCGAUGUUGGAUAUCAGAUUAAUGUGAAGAUGAAAAGUGCCCAUGAUGUGCUGAAUGAUAAGAAGUUGGUCAAAGAACAAUUCAUCCCAGAGGAGACUAUUGACACGGUUGAAAAGACCACGAUAACAAACGAAACUAAUGGACAUGUUGAAAAUGGCAAUCACGAACAGGGACUACCAGCGGAGAUCACUGCAAAAAGCAUUGACGAAUGUUGUCCUCCCACAGACUCUGCCACAUCAUCAUCAAAGCCUAACGUAGAGGAAAGAGAAGAACAUACACUGAGAACAUUACGACAAUUUGAGGAGAAGAUCAAGACAAAGAAGCAUCACGAAGAGGAAAGAGAAACAACACCGUACAUUGUAGACGAUGACGACUUUGAUAAACUUGACGAUUCAGAUGAUUCGGAUACGGACAUCUAUGCUCAUUCUCUAAAGUUCACAGAUGCAAAGCUGGCCAACGAGGAUCUUCUAGUAACGAUUGAUAAUACCGACGACGUGGAGAGGAAGAGAAGACGUAAAGAAAUCCCUUACAAGGAUAUGGAAAUUACCAAGAGGUUGAAGCAUUAAUUGAUUAAUAAACGUGUCUUAC